AGGAAGCGUUGUAAACACGGGAAAAAGAAACAGGAGGAAUCUGCUUAGUGUUUCAUUCGACUUAUUCGGUAUAGUUCAUCUUUUGGCCUCAUUCAGACACAAAAUGGAAACACAGUCCUACCUGCCUGUACAGCCUGGGGUGGGGAUGGAGGAGAAUUUCCUGUCUCUCGACGAUAUUCUGCUGUCCCAUGAGAGACUUCCCAUCCGGACAGAGUGCCGCUUCCCCCGGCUGGGCUUUCUGGAGAAGUCCGGGGACACGCAGGACAUCCCAGAGGGUACGAAGAUGGAACUUCCUCUGUGGCUGGCCAAGGGGCUGUACGAGAAGAAGAGAAGAGUGUUAACAGUCGAGCUUCCCAAAGUGUACAGAGAGGGCUGGAGGACUGUGUUCAACGCUGACCCCAACGUGGUGGACUUGCACAAGAUGGGGCCCUACUACUACGGCCUGGGAUCCCAGAUGCUGCACUUUGACAGCCCAGAGAACCCAGAGAUCGCACAGACGCUGCUGCAGACAUUCAUCGGCCGCUUCAGAAGGAACAUGGACUCUUCCCAGAACGCCUACAAUGAGGACACAUCUGUGCUGGUGGAGCGUCUUGACUGUCUGGAGAAGGCUCUGUUCACAUCAGGACAGAGCGGCCUCAACGGCUUCCAGAGCUGGGAGAAGGGCCAGGCCUCUCAACUCACCGCCUCCAGCCUGGUGCUCAACUACCGCAAGAGGAAGAUCACUGAUGUCCAGCCCUGACUGCAGCCCGCACCUAAACCAAACAGACACUGCUCACAUGUCAGUCAGUUCUGCAACGCAUGACAGACCCUCCUCCUAUAUGCUGUACUGUUGUACAGAGAGAGGAGGAUCUGCAGUUACCACCUGCCAGCCACAAAAUGCCUGUAAAAUGUGUGUUAGAAUGAUCAGUGAGAGUCACCCACCACACUGACUGGAUUAUUGAGACAACAACAUUUGAAUGCAUUUAAUAACGGUCUGAGUCUUUCUCUCAGCUGCUGGAAACACUCCUGAGCUGACGGUUUCCAAGCAAAACAACCGAGUAAACAGGCCGUAGAUUAGCUGUCUGUUCUGCUCAUGCUCUAAACAAAGUGGAUGAGUCUAAACUAGAAAUGUUCCCUUUCCUUUCUCCCUGGCCUCAGGUAUAACUUUCCUAAUAAGAGAUGGUUAGUCACAUGUGAUGUAGGGCAUGCUGCUGGUGUGGGUGGAUAGACCUCCCCUCCCUCAUGGAGGCAGAGUCACUGGGAACAUGACUGACCAAUGAACUGGUAGGACAAGUUUUGACCUCAUUCCAGGAGACAGUGAGCUUAUGUAAAUCUGUAAAUGAGUGUUCAUUUGAUUGUGAGGCAAGAUUAUGAUGUGAUACUAUAAUAUGUUCGAAAAUAGAGCAGUAAAUGGAAAAAAGGACAACUCUCUUCUAAAGAAAUGUUCCGGUGAGCCAGCAUUCACAAUAGCAGGACCGUGAAAACGUUACACCUUUGUAAAAAAAAAAAAAAAAAAAAAAAACAUAAAUAAAAAGGCUUGUAUGACAAUAGUAUGUGGUGUUAUAUGCAAAGAGAAGACGUGACAAAAAGUUACGAAAUUAUGUCUGUAAUAAACAUGAUGUUCUAAUACCUGCUUCUACUGUCUACAAACACAGAUCAGGCUGCAAGCCACCAUUAUAUGACAACAUUUAGCCAAAAUAUCACCGUACAUGGAGACCUGCCAGGAAGCCUUG